GGCGGGGGAGAGACCCGGCCCGAGCGUGGCUGGAGCCCGGGCAGCGCGUGUCCGUGUAACUCGCUGUCCCGUGACGCAGCGAGCAGCUGGCGGGGGGGGGACAAUUGGUUUCUCUUUCAAGGUUGCUGCGCUGGCGGGUCUGGGUUUCCCCUUUUGUGUUUCCUGUCGGAGCAGAGGUCAGUGCAGGGAGGGGCGGCUGUGCCCUCUGCAGCUCUCUGGGUCCUGGCCCCAGACCCCACCUCGCAGAGCUGCCGUACUGUCCCCAGGGCGAUGGCUUCUUGGGCCAAACCUGUUUUGGCAUCCUUAUGGCUCUUGUCUCUCUGCUCUGUCGCCUUGGCUGUGGUUCACCAUGUCUCCAGAUUCCAGCUCAUCUCUCCCUGGGCGGCUCCUGGUCUGCCCAAGCGGCUGAAUGUGUUGAAGGUGAAUGACCUGGUACACUCAACCUAUGACAGCAACACCGGCAGGGUGGUUCCCUACCGUGGGUUCAGCCUGGGUGACCAGGAGACCCCUCAGUACUGGAGUACAGCCCAUACUGAAUGCGUGGCCUGGGACUCCUGGGUAGAGAGCAAGUACCAGGCCCUGGUGCAGGAGGUGAACACCAGCUCCCCACAGAGAGAGCCCUACUACAUGCAGAUCCUGCAGACCUGUGAGCUGGACGAUGCCACUGGUGCUGUCCGAGCUGUCACCAGAUAUUCCCUCAAUGGGGAGGACGUGCUGCGGUACCAGUCUGACCAGAACCGCUGGUUCUCGGAGCACCCGGCAGCCUGGCGAGUGGCAGAGCGCUGGAACCGCGAAGGAGAUACUUUCACUAUGUGGAACCUCUUCCUGCCCCAGCAUUGCCGGUUCUUGAUUGAACUCACUCUGCCUUUCAUCGCUCAGAAGACAGCCCAGCCCACAGUGCAUCUGGCCCUCGUCCCAGGGACCCAGGACCAGCUGCACCGCCUCGUCUGCCACGUGACGGGGUUCUAUCCCCGUGACAUCGAGGUGACCUGGGAGCGGGGAGGCCAGGUGGCCCAGGGGGAGCAGCUGACCAGUGGUAUCCUGCCCAAUGGGGACCUGACUUUCCAGAUCCAAGUGUCCAUCGAACUGGGGCAGGAGGGGGUUGGCCCUGCAGAGCAUGCAUGUGUGGUGAGACACAGCAGCCUGGGGCACGACCCGCUGAGGGUGACUUGGGAUUCCCAGGUCACAGGCCAGGCUGGUUUGCCGGCAAUCGUUGCUGGCUGCGUCCUCGCUGCCUUGGUAGUUGGGGCCUUGGGCUGGUACCUGAGGAGGAGGCAAGGGGCCCAAAGGGAGCCAUAUCACCCGGCGCAGACACAACUAGGGACUUUCGACUCUGCUCCAGCCACAGCUAAGCCAGCAGGAAACUCCUCAUCCACAGCAUCUUCUUGCCCAGAUGCCACCGAGUGACCAGACUCAGAGCCGGCUGUGCAAGGGCCAUCGGAUUUGGCUGGAGCUACAUGGCACAUCCCUGGAGAAGAGUGUGUGCUGGGGGAUCAAAUAUUGUUCAUUUCAUGGAUCAAGUACUUCUACUGCUCACUUCUGUUCAAAUGCUUAGUCAUGUUCCCACAGCAUCUCUCUGUCAGUUUGCUUUCUGAGCGACACACCAGUCCCAGACAUCUUGGCUCCCCUGCUGAUUCCACCAAGCUGUCUUCGGUUUCACUGUUGCUCCACCUUGGCAGGCUCAUGCAUUUUAAAAGUUUCCUUCUUCUUCCACCAUAAAACCUUCAAGUAAUUUGUAACCGUUUUUGACCAAACCCCAGUGACUGCAGACUAAUGAAAUUUUACGCUUGGCAUGUUAACCAACUAAAUAUUGUGAAACAAUAUUUUCAAUAGAUGUUGUCACAACCCAAUGGCCCCCUCCCUCAGGUCCCCUGGGGAGACAAACCAGCAUUGUAUGUUGCUAAUGCUGUUGCAGGUACUGCAAGGUAUUUCGAGAAGGGUUAAAGGUGUGAGUGUGGAAUGAAAGGUUCCUUUGCAGGUUGUGAGAGGCCGAAGAGGGCGGGAGACAGAAGAGAAUGGGUUAACUCAACGCUUCAGCUCAGUCCAAAAAUAAAAGGCUGAUUCCAGCCCAAGGUCACUGCACACAGCUGACUCUCGGCUACCAGCCAAGAAAGACGGGAGCCUAGAUUCCAAUGCUGAUCAGCCGUAAGAAGAAGAACUAAGCUGAGCAGGACUAAAAAAUUGCAAAAACUAAUGAGACUGCGAAGGCCAGCAAGGGGGAAAACAAAGUCUUGCAUCCCUGAAGCCGGGGGGUGAACAUUGUAAGCCCCGGUUCCGGCGUGGGUAGAGUGAUAUUUCAAGUGACUGGAAAGACCUGAAGAGUUGUACUAAGGGAUUGUAACAACAUGUUCAGGAAACAGAAGGGUACAGCUGUGGACUCAGGAGUGUCACAGUCUUGGGCAAUGGCAUCAACGAUGGGUUCAAGGCUGGACGGGCAUUAGGGAGCACAGACAUGGGAAUCCGGCUGCCCGGCCCGCUGGGGUCACUUUAGGUUGGCGGACUGGAUGCCCGCGCCACGGGGGAGGCAGCAAAAAGGGACGAGACCCUGCUGCCUCUUUCAAAGGGGGGUGAGGACCUCUCCCGGCAGGAGAGGGCUCUCAUCAAGGUGGAAUACAAUCCCUGGGGUUCAGUGGCGGAGCUCCAGAAAAGGGUGCAGACUUGGCUGGAUUUGUUAGACCUGUCUGCCAAGUAUGAAAAGCAGAAGGCUAAAAACCUAGGGGCAGCCUUUGGAUUAAUAUGGACUGCAGUGGCCAUGUGGUAUCAAACGUUGUCAGGACAGAAAGAGGAAUUUGGGCAGUGUAGUAUUUUUAUAAGUAAUAUUGUUUAAGGAAAGGAACCAGGAGGGUGGGGGGUAGUUACGAAGCCCGUCCUCCUUGCUAAAUUGGUAAUGGAACGAAGCCUGUGCCCAUAAAAAAAUAAAAUAAAAUAAAAAAACAGGUUGAAAGCCCUGAGGGCAUAGUGACAGGAGUAAGGGAAAGCAAUAAGUACAGGCAUGGGAAAUUCAAAUCCCUGGAACAAUACUUGGAAAGGUGAAAUCUGAGUUAAUAAAGGUGUAAUGUUAAAAAAUAAUCAAGUAAUUAAAAAAAAA